UGGUGUUCUUUCAUUUUCCGGGACACGCCCGUGCCUGUGGAGGAACAGCCACUGUGGAGGUGUAAUCACAUAAGGACGGCUCUCUCCACCUCUGCAGCUGUGAGAAAAAGCAACUUGAAGCUACCGUCUGGGACAACCUGGGUUUUUAACUCCGAAAGCCACGAUGCCAGAAACUGCAGAAGCUGUGUCAGCCACUCUCACCACCAACAGAAACUGUACCAUCGAAAUAACCAAUGUCAGCGGCAACUACUGCCUCAUCAACCCAAAGGUGUACAUGUCCAGUGGCUUCAGUCAGCACCCUCCUCAGCCCACAGUUCGAACCACCAUGUCUGAAGUAUGCACUUUCACCAAAGACGAUAACACUGCCACCGGCGCUGUGGGUUUGCUGACCUAUGACCUGUUCCAUAUGCAGAGUCGGGUUUGCUCCGAGCGGAUGGCCAUCAUGUUCUCUGUGCCCUUUGACCGUAACCUGUACAAGAACAGGCUGGCUAUAGGUGUGUUUGAGCAAUCCCGUGCUUGUGACAAAACUCUGUACGACCAGAUGUAUGAUGGCAAAGACCUCAAAAACUUUGUCCGUAGUGAUGCAAACGGCAGCGGGCUGGAGUAUAAAGCUACAUAUGUGGAUCUGAGGGCUACCAUGUCUUCUGUGGGUAAAGGAAUUGUUAAAAUGGAGCUAUACGAUAAAAUGGGCCGCUAGUAGGGAUGAAUCAUCUACUGCAGGGGUGUCAAACUCAUUUUAGUUCAGGGGCCACAUUCAGCCUAAUAUGAUAUAAAGUGGGCCGGACCAGUAAUAAAUAUACACUGUAAAAAAAAUCCUGUUAUUUUUACGGAAAAAAA